AUGUCCACGGAAAGCAAAGUACUAUAUAAGUCAUCUAGAAAUAAAUUAAAAAUAAAAUUGGUUGAAUCAACAAUCAUUUUACAUGGAUCACCUGAAGAAUCAUUAGGUUGUUUCUUGAGAGGUGAUUUGAUUUUAAAUUUAACUAAACUAACAAAAAUCAAAAGACUUGAAUUGACAUUUCUCGGAAAAACCAAAUUAUUCAUUCCACAUUCAACAGGAGAGAUAGCUGCAAGUAGUAAUUAUAUAGAACAAGAAAUAAUCUCUCAUAAUUGGACAUUUCUUGGUCAAUCACAAGAAACAAUCAAUAAUGAUGAUGAUGAUAGUUCUGCUUCGUCUGUUCACAAUAAUAAAACUUUUACAUCAAGAUUAUUUCAUUCGAUUUCGAAAUCUUCAACAUCAAAUAAAUCAUCCAAACAUCACCAUGUUUUAACAAAAGGAACUCAUACUUUUCCUUUUGAAUUAUUUCUUCCUGGUACACUCCCCGAAUCCAUUAACACAAACAUUGGAAAGAUCAAUUAUAAAGUAACGGCAAAAGUUAUCAAAUCCGGAAUCUUUUCAAGGAUACGGAAAACGCAAUAUGUCACUAUAUUACGCACCAUAUCGGAUGAAUGGAAUCAAGGAAAAGUCGUUUCAAAUGAUUGGAGUAAUCUUUGUAGAUAUGAGAUUUCAUUUCUAAAAAAAGCGUUUCCUAUCGGAGAUUGUAUGAAAAUUGAUCUGAAAUUGAUGCCUAAAGAUAAGGUUAAAUUAGACUUACAACACGUUCAUAUUGAUUUGGUUGAGAAAUCCGUUUAUAAUAUAUCAUCUAGUUCAAAACAAAGUUCGCAGGAAAUCACAAUUUGUGGAAUCAAAAUCAAUGAUUUUAUUAAAGAAUGGAUUGAUAAAGAUUCUAAUAAUCUAAAACUAUGUUAUCAUGAAACGAUUUCCUUUAGAAUACCAAAUUUACCAUAUGUCAUUCAUCCUUCUUAUUCUUCGGAUCCAAUUACAAUCUCUCAUGAAUUAAGGCUCUUAUUUAAUAUCAAGGAUGAUAUUUUACCUUUAUAUGAUGAAAAUGAUAAUGAAUCUAUGGUCUCGAAUUAUUCUUGGGAUGAAAUCUCUUUGGAUGAUGUUUCUUUACCUCCUAGUUAUGAAUCUUCGGUUUGUGAUGGUCUAAAUGGUAGUUUUGUGAGUUGUGAGGUUUACAAUGAUGACGAUAAAAAGUGA